AUGAUUAGAGAGAGAUAAUUUGAAGUAAUUAAAACAUAAUAAGUAAAUUAACACUUAUUAUGUGCAAUUUGCAGAGAAGUAUUUUAUAAUCCAAUAAGGGCCACUUGUGGGUAUCAUUCUUCUUUCAUAUGUAGGCAUACAUUUUGUGGGACUUGUUUGGUUCGUUGGAUUCAAAUGAAAAAAAGUUGUCCUUUAUGUCGACAUAGACUUGAACGAAACUAUUAAUUUGAUAAAGAUAUUCUAGCAACUAAAAUUGUUGGAGAUAUUGAAGUCAAAUGUUUAAGAUGUCAAUUAUGGGAGGGAACCUUGGCUUAAUUUAAAUAACACAAAAAAUCGUAAUGUACUUACAUAUCAACUAAUAAUGAAAUACAUCAAGAUGCAAUUGAAAUUGGAGAUGAUGAUGAAGAAUUUACAUUUACAAGUCUUGUAGAAGAAAACGAUCCAUAAAUUCGAUAAUAAAUCAUUGAAAAUAUUGGGCAAUAAAUUUUGGUUUAGAUUGAUCAAUCAUAAAAUCCAGAGUAACAACAAUUACCCUAAUAAAACCAGGAUCUAAAUAUAAAUCAUUAAGAUCCUCCUUAAGAAACUAAUAUAAAUAAUAAUCUCAUUUCUAAUCAUUUACAAAAUGCAAAUAAUAAUGAAGAAUUAAAUAUUGAGCUCUCUCAAAAGAAUGCAGAUAAAAUUGAUACUAAUAAGUCUCCUAAUGAUGAGAAUUAGAUUAAUAAUACAUCCCUUUAAGAUGACUUAAUUAAUUAAAACAAUUUAAUUCAAUAAGUUGAGUAAUAAAUUAACUAGAUUAAUGAACUCAAUAAUCAAUAAUAAGAAUAACCUUAAAUUCCAGACUCUAAUUCAAAUGAGAUUGAGGUUAAAAAUUAAGUUAAUAAUAAAAAUCAUUCUAUUAAUAAUGAUGUAAUUGAAAAAUAAAAGAACAUAGAAUCAAUAAGAGUAGAUAAUAUACAAAAUCAAAUAUAAAAUGAUAUAAAGGAUGAUUAAUCAAAUUAAAAUAAAGAAACUAAUCAAUCUUUGAUUGAAUAAUUUAAAAUAAAUGAUCCUGAUGUUGAGAUUAUAAAUCCGACUAUAAAAUACAUAAAUAAUAAGGAUCUUAAAAACAUUAAAGCCACUAAUAAAUUCAAAAUAAAUAUACUUUAAAAUAAUGUUAAAAUUGCAGAACCUAUGAUGGAAGAAAUAAAUGAUAAUUUAUUUUUUGAAUUUGUUGAUCAUAUGAAAAAAGAAAUGGUUAAAAAAUUAAGUGACAUCUAAUACUAUAAUACUUUGCUUGGAUGA